AUGACUGCCAUUGAUACCUACACAUAUGAUGCUGGCAGGAAGCCUCCUCCUUUUGGUCACGCUCUUCGCCCGUUCUGGGCGUUUGAUCCUGGAUUUGUGAACAUGAACCAUGGAUCAUACGGGUCUCUGCCGCUGCCUGUGCUCCUCAAGUGCCAGGAGCUAACCCUUCUCGCGGAACGGAACCCGACAAGUUCCACCGCAUCACCUAUAUGGGCAUGCAGCAAGAAGUCAGACUUUGCCCGCAGGAAACGCGUAGCUGAUGUAGUCAACGCCGAACUAGAUGAGAUCGUGCUCGUACCGAACGCGACCCAUGGCAUCAACACCGUCCUCAGGAACUUCGAAUGGAAAGAGGGCGACGUCAUAAUCGAAGCAACGACUACGUACAACGCCGUCUCGCGCACCAUCCGCUCUCUCAGCGACCGCUCCGCGCCUCCUCGGCCUACACCCGUGAAAACCGUCCUGACGUUCCCCAUGACGCGCGCACAGAUCCUAGAUGACUUCCGCGUCAAGAUCAAGGAGGUCAAGGGUGCAGACCCAAACGUGGACUACAGUGAUACCCCGCCGGAUGCGACGGGCGCCCAGAACAGGAAGGGCAACAAGAUCGUCGCAGUGAUCGACUCGAUCAUCUCCAACCCGGGUAUGGCGCUCCCCUGGAAGGAACUUGCGCAAAUCUGUAAGGAAGAGGGCGUAUGGAGUGUCAUCGACGGCGCUCACAGCAUUGGGCAGGAGCUGGACAUCAACCUGAGCGCCGCGAAGCCAGACUUCUUCAUCUCGAAUUGCCACAAGUGGUUCUACGCCAAGCGCGGUUGUGCGCUCUUGUACGUUCCAAAGAGGAACCAGUAUAUCAUCAAGUCGUCGAUCCCGACAUCACAUGCAUACUUGUCUCCUAACGAUUCAAAGCCACCACCGGCUGACGAGACGAACUUCGUCCUUCAGCAUGAAUGUAGACGUGAAAAGGGCUUACAGGUGGGCACUUCAGGGACUGGAACGGCUGACCAGAUUCCAUACCUGAGCAUAGGUGGAGCGAUUGAUUUCCGCCAGUGGCUAGGUGGCGAAGCCGUCAUCAAUGCGUACUGUCAUCAGCUAGCCCUGGAUGGAGGUAAGAGGCUGGCAGAAUACCUAGGGACCAAGGUUCUAGACGAAACAGGAGAGUUCACGCUCAACAUGACCAACGUGCAACUCCCGCUGCCGACAGAAUCUGCAAACAGCGAGUUCUACACACCACAGGCACGCGAGAACAUCCUCAGGGACGUCACCAAGAAGCUCCUCCUCGACUGGAACGUCUCCGCGGGAUUCUUCGUACAUGCAGGCGCCUGGUGGACGCGCUGCAGCGCCCAGGUUUGGAACGAUAUUUCUGAUUUCGAGUAUGUUGGCAAGGCAUUCAAGGCUAUAUGCGGAGAAAUCACGGAGAUCGUAGAGAAAGGAGGCGAGUUUCCACAGGGCAUAGACACGCGCUAG